AAGGCUCGGCGGGCAGGACGGAGCCGGCGAGGCGCGGGGAUGGAGCUGCUGCGGACCAUCGCCUACCCGCCGGGCGGCGGCAAUGGCGGUGGCGGUGCCACCAAGGGCUGCGAGGCGGCGGCGGUGGGCAGAGCGGCCGGCGGCGAGUCGCGGAGGAAGAAGGCGGAGGAGCAGCCGCCGCCGCACCAGCACCCCCACCCCGCCGCGGAGGUCUCCCGGAUUAUAACCGACCCCACCACGGGGAAGCGAUACUGCCGCGGAAAAGUGCUGGGAAAGGGUGGAUUCGCCAAGUGCUAUGAGAUGACAGAUUUGACAACAAACAAAGUUUAUGCUGCAAAAAUCAUUCCUCACAGCAGAGUAGCAAAACCUCAUCAAAGGGAGAAGAUUGAUAAAGAGAUUGAGCUGCACAGAAUGCUUAAUCAUAGACACGUUGUGCAGUUUUACCACUACUUUGAAGACAGAGAGAAUAUUUACAUUCUUCUGGAGUACUGCAGUAGAAGGUCAAUGGCUCACAUCUUAAAAGCGAGGAAGGUAUUGACGGAACCAGAAGUACGAUACUACCUCAGGCAAAUUGUGUCAGGGCUCAAGUAUCUUCAUGAACAGGAAAUCUUGCACAGGGAUCUUAAGCUAGGUAACUUCUUCAUUAAUGAGAACAUGGAACUGAAACUGGGUGACUUUGGCUUGGCAGCUAGGCUGGAACCACUGGAGCACAGGAGGAGAACAAUAUGUGGCACACCAAAUUACCUCUCUCCAGAAGUCCUCAACAAACAAGGGCAUGGCUGUGAAUCUGACAUCUGGGCCUUAGGCUGUGUAAUGUAUACCAUGCUGUUGGGAAGACCCCCUUUUGAGACCACGAAUCUUAAAGAAACGUACAGAUGUAUAAGGGAAGCAAGAUACAGCCUGCCUUCAUCUCUCUUGGCACCUGCAAAACACUUAAUAGCUAGCAUGUUGUCAAAAAAUCCUGAAGAUCGGCCCAGUUUAGAUGAAAUAAUUAGACACGAAUUUUUUGUACAGGGCUUUACACCCGAUAGACUUUCUGCUAGCUGUUGUCACACUGUUCCUGAUUUCCAUUUGUCAAGUCCUGCUAAAAAUUUCUUCAAAAAAGCAGCUGCUGCUCUCUUUGGCAAAAAGGAUAAAGCCAGAUACUUUGACACACAUAACAGACUAGCUAAAGAAGAUGAAGAAAUCUACAAGCUCAGGCAUGAUUUGAAGAAGACAUCGAUAACCCAGCAGCCCCACAAACACAGAACAGAUGAGGAAAUCCAGCCUCUUAUCACAACAGUAGUGAAGCCGGGGGUGCUACCAGAAAAUAAGCAGAUUGGAGACUCUAUUCGGAUGAUAGUCAGGGGAACUUUGGGAAGCUGCAGCAGUAGCAGUGAAUGCCUGGAAGACAGUACCAUGGGGAGUGUUGCCGAUACAGUCGCAAGGGUGUUGCGAGGAUGUCUGGAGAACAUGCCAGAAGCAGACAGCAUUCCCAAAGAACAGCUGACAGCAUCCUUCCAGUGGGUUACAAAAUGGGUGGACUAUUCUAACAAGUACGGCUUUGGGUACCAGCUGUCAGAUCACACUGUCGGUGUCCUUUUCAACAACGGGGCUCAUAUGAGCCUUCUGCCAGACAAAAAAACAGUCCACUACUAUGCUGAGCUAGGCCAGUGUUCUGUCUUCUCAGCCACAGAGGCUCCUGAGCAGUUCAUCAGCCAAGUGACUGUACUGAAGUAUUUCUCUCACUACAUGGAAGAGAACCUAAUGGAUGGAGGAGAUUUGCCCAGCCUAACAGAUGUGCGCAGGCCCAGGCUUUACCUCCUGCAGUGGCUUAAAUCUGAUAAAGCAUUAAUGAUGCUCUUCAAUGAUGGCACGUUUCAAGUGAACUUCUAUCAUGAUCACACGAAAAUCAUCAUUUGCAAUCAGAGUGAGGAGUAUCUCCUUACCUACAUCAAUGAAGAGAGGAUAUCCACAACGUUUCGUCUGACAACUCUUCUGGUUUCUGGAUGCUCAUUGGAACUAAAACACAGAAUGGAAUAUGCUCUGAACAUGCUGCUGCAGCGAUGUAACUGAAGGAACUGACUCCGUUUAAACAAAACGGAACCUUUUGUUCACUGUGAAAUCUACAGUGGGGAUAGUGGAGCAGUGGGGAUGGUGGAGCAACUAGUAUGUUGAUGAUGGAUGUGUGGUGGUACGAAAACUUGACUGUCCUAGUGUGCUGGGCACACAUCUAUUAGAAGCUUAAACCUACUGUUGGACUAAAAUGGUGUGACAAGGAGUUCUUUGGACCAUAGUUUUCUGUGCUUCGUGUGUGUUAAAGAUGUUUUUGACUUGAACUCUGAGCAGAGUGUGACUGCUUGCUCUGUAAGACAGCAUUUCUGAUGGAGUUAAACUGUGAAUAUGCAUCUGGAAGGGGAGGGAAGGGAAAGCUCCAUUGUAAUAAGCAGCCUCUGGCUGCUUAACUGUGAACUAUGGCCAUACUCUUUUUUUUUUUUUUUCCCCCGAUUUUUCAAAAACACCCACACUUGUGGCUGGCAAAGUGCAUUCCUUGUUAAUAUUUUUUUUAUUUAUUACAGCCUAAAGUGAAGUAUUUAUUACACAACAUUUUUUUUGGAUCUUGGCAUUUUAAAUAUAAAUCUCUUGGCAAUAAAGAGAAUGGAAAUCUGAAGCAUCAUUCUCCACUCUUUUUACAAGACACCUUAACAUGCUUUGCUGUGCCAAAAAUCUUGCAGGUCUGCUUUCCUCAUACCAUUUUAAAAAAAGUCUGAUACAGGUCAUGAUAUGAAUGUCAGGCUCUAACACUGAGCAGUUUGCCUGUGUCUAUGGAUGCUCAUAGCCACAAACACCACUAUGCUGCUGCUAAUUAUGGAGCUUGCAGAUGUAGGCCUUGACACUUUGUUAUGGUCUGAGGGACUAAAACCAAAAGAAUGGAUCUUUUCAAGAUAUGAUAUCCUGGAAUUGAUGCUUUGCACUGACUGAAAAAGAACUUCUGGAUGGUACUUGGUGGAUAGUAGCUAUGAUGAUGAGCUGUACAAGCUUCCUUCUCUUACUUGCUGUGGAAGCACUGCUCUUACCCACUAAGGGGACAGAAGUAUCCUGAUACCUCAAUGGUAGAAGGAAUUGUUCAUACCUUUCACUGCCUCUCAAUUGUGCUUUAUUGUGUGUGUUUCUACCCUUGGUUAAAUGGUAACCCCAGUGAAGUAAAAUCAAAACAGAAGAUGAAAUGCCAACUUCUACUAUAUACUUUAGGCUUAUUCUAUUCAAUUGAUAACAUCGGACAACUGCAAGUGUUACUAAUACCACUUAUUGGUAUGCCAUAAGUUCUCUGUAAAGUAGCUCAAAACAUCCUAAGGACAGCAUAGGGAUGGCCUGCUGUUUGGUGCAAUCCUACUGCUAAUAAUCAUACACUUACUAGAGCAGUUGUUAUCCUAAACUCAAGGCAAUGCCAUUUGUCAGUUAAACUAUGCAAAUAGAUGGGUUUUUUGAGGACUCAUGACUCAGUGUGGGGUGGGGAAAUAUCUACUUGGGGGCUGGUCUUAUUUCUCUCUAGAAAUUAUGUAGCACCUGGCCUUACAUAAACACAGCAAUCUCCAAGGAACUGUUCUGAUGCAGCAGCAAGCAGUAGUUCAAUCACUUAUUUGGAUUAGUCUUCGUAUAACUGAACGAGGGCUGUUCUGAAAGACAGACCUCCAUAGCCAUCGGUGUUUCAAUCACAGCAGCUGAAAGGAAGGAGCAGGCAGUCAAUGUAAUAAAGUGCACACUGAACAAGGUACAGAUGUUAACCCAGAAUGGUGAGCAGAAGAGGUAUCACUGGCUUGCUUCAUCUUGCAGCAAGUGUGUAUAAAUGUGAUUGUUUUCCUUGUAUUGAAUACCAUGCAUUAGGUAAUAUUUAUUUACUUCUCAAGUCUAGACAGGAAGACCUAAUUGAGUUCUUCAGAUGGAUUCAUGAAUGUAACUCUAGGCAGUUCAGUGAAGUUAAAUAUAUAAUUGCUAUAGUUAGCAGAAUUCAGCUCCCCAGCUGUCUGCUUUCUGCAAGGGAUAACGAUUGAUUUUAUUCUUGGGAUGCCAUGACUGACUUGCCUAAUUCUGCUGCACACAUACAGCCACUGUUGAGCCCUUUUUCCUUACAAAGUAAGAUCUCACUUUUUGUUUAAGACACCAAUAAGUAUACAGUUUGUGUGCAUUUGAAAAACAAAAAUAUGUGAGCUAUAGUGCUUAACUUCUUCAAAUGGAAAAACAGUUGGGUUUUUUUGACUAUCUGUGUGCUUAAUGAAGUAUGAACCUCUACUUCAGCUGCUACAAUUUCUUUAAGAAUCAAAAUAAUUUUUCUAUGGCUGGAAUUAAUUUUUUGGUGUAAGCAAAUAAACUGACUUCAAGUG